AUGCACGAAAUCCCUGCAGCAGCAGCAACUGCUGCUGCUGCUGCUGCUGCUGCUGGUGCGCUGGGCCAUGGGGCCCCUCGCCUCAGCAGCAGCGGGGGCCCCCAGGACCGCAGGCAGCAGCAGCGGCGGGGGCCCCAACCCUUAAGUGUUUCGCACUCUGUAACUUCUGCUGCUGCUCUUGAGUAUGAAGAGGCCCUCGAGGGGCCCCCUGGGGGCCCCCCCCGCUUUGUGUCUCGUCGCUUCAGCUCUUCCUCCGAGCUGCUGCUGCUGCAGCAGCAGCAACAGCAGCAGCAGCAGCAGCAUGUGAUGCACUUUGCAGACAGUGAAAUUGAAGAGCUCAGAGAGGCCUAUAGAAAGGUGCGAAGUCCCCCCAGCAGGGGACUAGCAGCAGCAGCAGCAGCAGCAGCAGCAACAGAUACACCUUUGCGGCGUGACCGGGAACUGCAGCAGCAGCAACGGCAGCAGCAGCAGCAGCACAGGGGGUCUGACAAGCCCCAGGCUGCAUGCAGAGACGAGCGGAAAGGGCUUGUUGGAACCAGCAGCAGCAGCAGCAGCAGCAGCAACGAAGACGUUGCUGCAGUGCUUCCUACCUCACCUGACGCAGCAGCAGCAGCAGACAAUCCCCCUAGGCCAUGUCCAACGAACCCGAGCAGCAGCAGCAGCAGCAGCAGCACUCCUUUUGAUGAGAUUCCUGUGUCACUUGCUGCUGCGGGGGAUAAGCCCACCCCCUUUGAAGCUUUGCUGCAGCGCGCGCUGCAGCAGGAAGCAGAAAUCAGCGGCAGCAGCAGCCGAGGCACCCCGCCCUCUGUCCGGCAGCAGCAGCAGCAGCAGCAGCAGCAGCAGCAAAGUCGCCCAUUUCUUCGGAAAGGAACAAACCUGCAGGCAUGGAGGGCCCCUUCUGUCUGCGGCAAACGGGGAGGCGUAGCAGCAAAGCCUGCAGCAGCAGCAGCAGCAACAGCAACAGCGACGGCAGCAGCAGCAGCAGCAGAACCACCUGCGGAGGCGCCCGACACUCAAGGAGUGGUUUCUGGGCGGCCAGCAACACCCACAAGUCGGCGGCAGCAGCAGCUGCAGCAGCAGCAGCAACGGGGCCAGCGUCUGCAAGCCUCUGAAGGUGCAAAUGAGGAAAGUCCAGCAGCAGCAGCAGCAGCAACAGCAGACAAAGUAGAGAGCCAAGAAUGCUGGGAGUCUCGUCUUUUUGGAGAUGACUCCUCUGCAAGCUAUGCACCGCUUCAAGGAAAGCGCAUGCAGCAGCAGCAGCAGCAGCAGCAGCUGCCGCUGCUGCUGCAGCGGCAGCAGCAGCAGCAGCUGCUGCAGGAGGACCCCGAAGACGCUGAAGAAGCCGAAGCGGAGGACGACGAUUGGCUUGGAGAGCAGCUGCAGCAGCUGCAGCAGCAGAAGCAGCUGCAGCAGCUGCUGCAGAAGAGGCAGCCCAGGCCUUCUCGCCAGCAAAGCCCAGCAGCAGCAGCAGCAAGUGCUGCUGCUGCUGCUGCUGCUGAGCAUGAGCCGUCACGGAUGUCACCUCACGGCUCACUGCGGCGAAGGGAGCAGCAGCAGCGCCAGCAGCAGCAGCUGCUGCAGCAGCAGCAGCAGCAGCAGCACAGCAGCUUGGGAGAGACUGAAGAAGAAGAUGCAACAGAGGAUGCACGAGACAACCCAGAGCUUGCUGCCUCUUUUGCCAUGCGGCAGCAGCGGCAGCAGCAGCAGCAGCAGCGGCAGCUGCUGCAUGCAGGCGAAGAGCCGCCGCUGCUGUCGCCGCAGCAGCGGCCGCGGCUGAUAUCUUUUGCAGACGAAUACACAGCAGCAGCAGCAGGUACAGCAGCAGCAGCAGCAGCAGACAGCAGCGGCAGCGGGGCCCUCCAGGUGUCUGCUGCUGCAGCAGAAGAAAGCGAACGCGAGCUGUUUAAAUCAAGAAUGGAAAUCCUGAAGCUGCAGAUGGCAAGACUGCGGGAGAGCGAAGAUCGCCUGCGGAAUAUCUCAGCGGAGCUGCGGCAGCAAAGGGCUGAUUUAGAGGCAGAAAGAAGCCGGCUGCACUCAACAAUGAAUGAGCAGCACCAGCAAGCUCUGCAGGAAAUAAAUGCAUGCAGGCAGCAGCUGCAGCAGCAGAAGCGCCGCCUAGCAGCGGAAAGAGAGCGACUGCGAGAAGGUUUGGCUCAGCAGCAUCAGCAGCAGCAGCAGCAGCAUAUGCUGCAGCAGCAAAUUGUGGACUUAAAGGAGGAGCUUCAAAACGUACGAAGUCGCUACCGGUCAGCCCACAGCCGCUGGGCAGCAGAGAAGCAGCAGCUGCAGCAGCAGCUGCAGGAGGUUAAGGCUGAGCUGCGGCUGGCAGUAGCAGCAAGAAACCCUUCUGAUGCAGCAGCAGCAGCAGCAGCUGCUGCUGCAGCACGCAGAUAUCCUGCGCCGCCUGCGUCUGCCUCUGGACGCAGCACGCCCGCCUCCAGCCGUCGGCAGCAGCUGCAGCAGCAGCAGCAGCAGCAGCAGCAGCAGGAGCGGGUGCAGCCAGGAUCUUCGGCCUGCCGUCGGCGCCUGAGCAUGUGCAGCAGCAGCAGCAUCCGCAGCAGAAGCAGCUGCAGCAUCCCUCGCUGGGAGCAGCAGCAGCAGCAGCAGCUGCAGCAGCAAACAGAUUUGUCUCCCUUACUUUCCCCUUCUGCCUUGGGGGACCCUGACUGGCAAGACACAGCAGCAAGCCUUUUAGACCAGGGUCUUGGCGCUGCUGCUGCUCCUGCUGCUGCUGCUGCUCCUGCUGCUGCUGCUGCUGACCCUCCAUCGGCGCUGGGGCGUCUCGCCGCCUCGGUGACGGAGAGCCUGCGGCAGCAGCAGCAGCUGCAGCAGCAGCAGCAGCUGCUGCAGCAGCAGCUGCACAGCAGCUCGACUUUGCUGCCAGCCACAGCUUUCAUAUCCCCCACGGACUCAUUUGGUCGGCAUAAUCCGCAGCAGCAGCUGUUGUAUGAGCAGCAGCAGAUGCUGCAGCAACAGCAGCAGCAGCUGAUGCAGCAGCAGCAGCUCCUGCUGCAGCUGUCUCAGUCUCUGGCGGCAGCCAGCGACCCAGCGACAGCGGCAGCGGCUGCAGCUGCCGCUGCAGCCAAACCACACAAGCAGCAGCAGCAGCAGCAGCAAGGCUGCUUGCUGCUGCAGCAGCCCGAUGCUUCUCAAAGCAGCACAUCAACCCGAGAGAGCAGCACACACCUCAGCAGCAGCAUUCCCUUAGAGGCGGAGCCGCUGCUGCCCCCAGAAGUCCAAAUACAACUUGCUGCAUUUCCAGUUGCUCAAAAAGCAGCAGCAACGGCAGCAGCAACGGCAGCAACAGCAGCAGCAGCAGCAGCUUCAACGGCGACUGGAGCUGUUCCUGCUGCUCCCGCUGCUGCGGCCCCAGCAAAUGCUGCUGCGCCUGCUGCUGCUGCUUCCCAGCAACAGCAGCAACAGCAGCAGCAGCAGCAGCAGCAACAGCAAGAGCAGCAGCAACAACAGCAGCAACAGCAACAGCAAGGGAAAGAGCCAUUAUCUGUCGGCCAAGAAAGCGGCGAGGACUUCAGCAGUUUGUUGUCUUUUGAUUUUUCUUCUCCUUUUGUUUUGGGAAUGGAAACCCUCAGGGAGAUUUUAAAUGACUCCAAAGAGCCUCUGGAGACGAAAACAGUGAAGGGCAGGCAAGAGAUCACCACAAGCGCGGGACACACGCGGACAGUCUACAGCAACGGCCUAGAGCGCCUCAAGGCCAAAAGCGGCCUCAGCUUCGUUUUGUUUUUAAAUGGAGACAUUCGAAUAACUCAGCCCAGCGGAGUCCAGAUAUACCAAUUCAGGGAAAGCAACACGCUGCAGUACAACUUGCCAGACGGGCGUCAGUUCAACCGCUUUUCAGAUGGGCAGCUGGAGUGCCUUUUUCCCGACGGAUCGGCGCAAAUAAUUUUUGCAAACGGGAUUCGCAAAGUCGUGGGGCCGCAGAAAGACGAAAAGAUCAUCUUUCCAGAUGGCGAGUCGAAGCGAAACAAAUGCAGCAUUAAAUGCCAUUUAAAACCAUCAAUUCAUUUUUAA